CUCAAACACAUAAUCCGAUGCCUCUCCCCCCCUCACGACAUGCAGAGAGGGAGAAAUGAAGCUUGCCUUUCGUCUCUGGGAAUGGAUCACAGCACGGUCCCAUCGGACAAUCAUCCCUUCCGGGCCUAUCCACUGGCCGUCCGACUCCUCCGAGAUCCACAGUACUGGUCCUCCUCGGUCGAAACCUUCGGCAAGCACAGCCAAGGAGAGAGCGACCGCUUUGGCUACUUUGGAGGUACACUCGCUACGCCGAAGACCAUCCCAAACCGCUUUAUCCUUCGUCGCCGGGAUCUAUCCCCUCUUCCAACCACCCGUCCUCCAUGGCCUGACCCUACAAUCAACCCCCUCCGGUCGCAACCCUCUGUACUCCCUCCUGAUGUCAUAGUUCUCCUCGAGUUGGGCAAGCCGGGCGUAUCUGGGCAUGCCUCAACUGCCCAUGGAGGGGUUAUUGCGAGCUGUUUCGACGAGGCUAUGCACAAGGCAAUCGAGACACAUCUCCCCCGCACCGGGCGAGUGGAGAGGCCCUACACUGCACAGCUUGAUAUUCGGUAUACCCGGCCUGUGCGUGUCCCUGGGCUGCUUGUGAUACGCGCCAAAGUCGUCGCGAGGAUAGGUAGGAAGUUUUGGGUGCGCGCACAUGCUUCCCAGGAGCUGGAUACAGGGGAGGAGAUUUUCACCACCGAUUCGAUUGCUUUGUUCCUGAUGGUCGCACCCUCAACCCGACUUUGAGGCUAUGAUAGAGAAUUAAUCAAUUACGUACUUAUUUCGCAGAUAGGGUUCAUAGAAAUGAG